CUUCAUUUCUAAUAAGCAAACUACUUUCAGAAUCAGAACACUAAUUUGCUUCAUUCGCUAGGUAGUAACAGUUGACUGCAAGAUGAUGGUUACGUUUGUAAAUUUCAAAAUGCGUUUGAUAUUCGUGUUCGUUGUGUUCGUGUUAAUUAAAUGCAAUGUUUCAACUCCUAUAGGAUGUGACCCGGCGUUGAAAGCGAUUGGUUUUAUAUAUUUGUACGACCAAAUGGAUGAGACCACGAAAACCACCGACUGGUUAUCAAGAAACAUCGACACACUUAUGAAUAAGCUAGCCAAUGGUGGAAUGUGUUUUUGUAUGUGUAAGAGAUUCUGCAACAACUAUCAUUUAUACAAUGGCGUGAAAACCGAUUUAAAAAUCACAGUUCAGUCAACUUUGGAAACUCUGCUCCAGCACUUACGAGAAUCUAGUUCAUAUUCAGUCAUUUUCGUAGUAACAAAUGCCACCGAACCAAGCAACGGGAAUCCAAUCGACCACAUCUUGGAAGAGAUCCAAAACAAAAGAACACAAGUCAACUUUAUUAUCGGAACGGAGACUCCAUUUUCAGACAACGAUUCGCUCCGAGAAUACAAAUUAAUUGCUUCUAUAAGCAACGGAUUUAUAUUAGGCCCAGAAAUAUUUCAAUCUGAUAAGUUUACAGAUGAGAUUUAUCUGAGGUUAGCUUAUCAACCUCAAGUACUACGUCUUUUUGCAUUGGAUAGCAUCAAAAACGAUUUUUCAUUUUGCACGGACGCAGCGCCAUUUUUUACCACUGCUUUAAAAGACUUGAAAUUCAGGAAUUGCAGCGCAAAGGAGGACGAAAAAAAAACAGGAAAACCUCGGCGAAGUAUAAUGACCAAUUUGAUUGAAAAAGGCGGUGGAGAUACGAUAAAUGAAGAAACUGUUAUCAAGGCGUGCUCUGUUGAAAACCAUGUAAAUCCAGUAUGGUUUAAUUAUAUAGGAUUUACUAGCAGCGAUUACGACUUUGAUUACGGGUUUACGAUAGAAGACGUUGUUUCCAUGGAUGACACAUAUCGAAGACCAAUAAAUGGAAUGACAAACAAAAUCUACGUAUCAUUGACGGACAAAAAUUUUGAACAUGGAGUUGAUCAUUUUAAGAUACUCUUUCUGAACGAAACUCAAUUUGGAGGAAAUAUUGCAGUGGAACAGAUACAGGGAACCGAUUUGUUUGUAGGAUCGUUUGAUCCACCAAAGAAGGAAUAUUUUUACGUUGAAGUAACGAGUUAUGUAAACAAACAAACAACUGUUUCUCGAAUUUCAUCGACUGCUGUAAAUGCUGCGGAUGGGUUCGGAGAUGAUCAUGGCAAUCGAAUAUUUGAACAUCGACCAAAAUUUAAAUGCCAACCAAUACUUAAACGGCAACCAGUAGCAUCAAAAUCAUACGACAACAACAACGGCAUAUAUUACUUAUUCAUAGGCGUGCUGUUAGGCUUAUUGUUGUUAAUCGUAGGGCUUCAUUUUGCACUAAAGCUUUUCAAACCAGAUACCUCCAGGUUUGCUGAAUUUUUACAACGGAAAUUUCGUAAGUGCUCCGAGCAGGAUAAAAAACCGCUACAGCAACGAUUAAAAGACGAUAAGGAUCGUCAUCCAGCAGUAUCAACUGUCGAUCGUGUCUAGUGGAUGUUCAGAGAGCUUAAAAAAACCACCAUUACCAGUAAAUAUUGCCACGUUGAAUUUUUUAAAUUUCAACAAUGAUUUAUGUACAUAUUCAUACCGAAAUUGACGAUUUUUCAGAACACUUUCGGCAGCACUUUUUAAAACACAAUUUCCCACCAUAAUUUUCAUUUUAGAUUCUACAAUUUAGUUUUUCAAAGUUGAAAUUGGUUGCAAGAUUGCUCUGAAAAAUGAGGUAAAUUUUUAAUUACCUACAUAAGAAUUUGAAAUUUUAAAAAUUUCGAUAAAAACAUUGCAGAAAGAUGACUUUUUUUUAUAAAUAAUCCAUCAACAUUGUUUUUGACUUGUUUUCACUUUGAUCUCCACCGUUCAAUUUUUUCAAGUUUCACGGGUCUUUUCGAAAUUUAAUUGUCGCAAGAUUGCUGUGAAAAGUGAGUUGAAAUUUCAAGAAUUCUUGGUUGUGUAUGAAUUAAAAAUUUUUGAAUUAUUUUUACAAAUUUCACGAAAACGUUUCAUAGAAAUGAAUUUUUUAUAAGAAUACAUACUUACUCUCCAUUAAAAAUUUUUUGACUCAUUUUCACUUUUAUCUCUUUCUUUGAAUAGCUAGAUAAUAUUUUUUUGUAUCAAAUGUUCAACCUAUUGUAAAUAUUAUCUGUAGCAUUAUAAGUACCACAGAUACCUAGCUACGUAAU